CAACAAUCCGCUCGUAUCACAAUGGCUUCAAUUCUUCCCCGCACCGGCUUUCGCGCCCUCACCGCUCUGCCCAGAGCUACCCCUCUCCCCAGGGCCUCCUUCACUGGCGUCCCUCGCGUCCCUCGCGUGCAACCCCGCGUGCCCCUCUCCCGCCGCUUCGCGACCAUUCCCCAGGAACAGCCUCGCCUGCGUCUCGGCUCAACCGCCCCCAACUUCAAGGCCACCACCACCCAUGGCGAGAUCGACUUCCACAAGUUCAUCGGCAACAGCUGGGCCAUCCUCUUCUCCCACCCCGCCGACUUCACCCCCGUCUGCACCACCGAGCUGGGCGCCUUCGCCAAGAUGAAGGGUGAAUUCGAGAAGCGGGGCGUCAAGAUGAUUGGACUCAGCGCCAACGACCUCGGGUCCCACGACAAGUGGAUUGACGACAUCAAUGAGGUGGCCAACACCAACGUGCAGUUCCCCAUCAUCGCCGACGCCGACCGCAAGGUCGCCUUCCUGUACGAUAUGGUCGACCAGCGCGACCUGGACAACAUCGCCGAGAAGGGCAUCAUCUUCACCAUCCGCUCCGUCUUCAUCAUCGACCCCGAGAAGAAGAUCCGGCUCACCAUGUCGUACCCCGCCUCGACGGGCCGCAACUCCGCCGAGGUCCUGCGCGUGAUUGACUCCCUGCAGACGGCUGAUAGGAAGGGCAUUGCCACGCCCAUCGACUGGAACGUCGGUGAGGAUGUCAUCGUGCCGCCCUCGGUGUCGACCGAGGACGCCAAGAAGAAGUUUGGUGAGGUGCGCGAGCUGAAGCCGUACCUGCGUUACACCAAGUACUAGUUGCUUAGCGCAGUACUGAGCUUGGUAAGAUGUAAUAACAGAAAUAGUAUGAUUGGUGGUAAGAUAUGAUCAAUGAUCGAGUUGUUCAGUGAUUGUGUGCAGCGGAGUAGAUCGACUUGCAUGCAUAUUCUUGAGGUAGUUUAACCAAGACAUAUCGUCAAUCCGGAACUGGCAACCCCACAAUCGCUGCAUCUGCCAUCUCCAUCAGAGUUGAGACAGAUUUUCAAAAAUAGCUGACUGCAUGUGG